AUGGGUGCAGGUUGUUGUUGUUGUUGUUCGAAGAAAGAGCAACGAAUAUCAUCUGAAUAUCGUCCAAUAUCUCAAUAUAUCCAGAUUGACAUUAAAACAACCAAUCCUCUGACACUCAUCGAGGGUUAUCUCAAUGAACCAGUUUUGUCUCUUGAAGAAUCUCUUGAACCUUUCAACGGUAAAAUUGAUCAGUUAUCUUACUAUAUCAAAGAAGCGAAAAUGAAAUGCCACUAUCCAUCAGAACAUAAUCUUAAUCGUGAUGAAUCAGCUGCUAUCUAUAUUUAUACAAUGAAAUGGGGUGAUAGGUGUCUUUAUGAUCAUUUGCAAGCAGCAUGGAAUUCGAAUGAUCGAUCUACCCUCAAACCGUGGUUCAAGUAUCUCAAAUUAUUCAAAAGCGCACUUGAUAAAUUACCUAGUGCAAAGGCAGAAAUUUGGCAAGGAGCACCAUUUGAUGAAAAGCUCAAAGAUCAACUCAGUUCAGAGCCAUUAUCAGUCUAUUCUUCUAUGUGCUCAUGUUCAUCAUCGGCCAAUGAAAUUAUGGAUAAUCUUCAAAAAACUGGUGGUAAGAAGAUAAUGCUUGUUGGUUAUCAAUCUGUAAAUGGAAAAUUGGUGACCGGUUAUACAGCUAAUAACUUGCAGGAUGCAAUAAUGUGGCCGGGCACAAAACUUGGAGUAUCAAAAUAUGUUAUGACCGAUGCUUAUCAUUCAUGGAUUCUGCAUGCAGUCAAACAGAUCGGUGAGUAUUCAUAG